AGUAUGACAGCACCAAAAUAGACAGCGGUGUACCCAUUCAACAAGCAGCACCAACAAUUUAUUCCAUAUUCGGAUUUUGCUCCGUCAAGUCGAAUUGUAUUCUUGAACCUUCGUUACUGCUGCCCUGCAUCAUCUAUCCAACAUUAAUCACACUGCACUUUCGGGAGUUAUCUUGCCAAGUUCCGCUAACUUGUCGGUGCAGUAAAGUCCGGUCUUGAGCGCGCUGACGGUUUCUUGAGUGUUUCUUCGCGUGUUGUGAAUUAUAUCCAUAUAUCAUGAAUUCUGUGGAAAAUGAGUAUAUGGAUAUUGUGAAUAGAAACGCUUGGCCCCUGGUCUAUCAGAAAAUUGGACAGACAUGCCAGAAGUACCCUUACACUUGCACCGAGGCGAGGAAGCCACAGAACAAGCCGUUGAACCGCUACCGAGAUGUGAACCCCUACGACCACAGCCGCGUGAUCCUUAAGCGCAGCGAGAGCGACUACAUCAACGCCAACCUUGUUAAGAUGCCGCGUGCCAACCGAAGCUAUAUCCUCACCCAAGGCCCGCUCGCGUUCACCGUCGGCCACUUCUGGCUCAUGGUGUGGGAGCAGAACAGCCGCGCGAUCCUCAUGCUGAACAAGGUGAUCGAGAAGAACGAGAUCAAGUGCCAUUGGUACUGGCCGCACGGCAUCGGCGAGCAGCACAAGAUGUCGCUGUCUGACGUGAACCUGACAGUGGAGCAGAUCAGCGAGGAGGACCGCAGCUAUUACUCUACCAGGGUGUUCAAGGUCCAAGACAUCGACAGCCUGGAGACGCGCGAGGUGAUCCAAUUCCACUACACCACAUGGCCUGACUUCGGCGUGCCGUCCUCGCCAGUGGCGUUCCUGGAGUUCUUGCAGAAGGUCCGCGAGGUGGGCGCGCUGGACCUCGACGUGGGCCCGCCCGUGGUCCAUUGCAGCGCGGGCAUCGGACGCUCCGGAACAUUCUGCCUGGUCGACACUUGCCUUGUGCUCAUUGAGAAAGAGGGCCGCGACAGCGUGAACAUUCAGGAAAUUCUGCUGGAGCUGCGCAAGGACCGCAUGGGCCUGAUCCAGACGCCGGACCAGCUGCGGUUCUCGUACCAAGCCAUCAUCGAGGGCGCUAAGCGCCUCGACCCUAACUGGAAGGAAAACAAGAGCAUGGCCGAGAGCACAUAUUCGAACGUGGCGGACGAGGGCGAGGAGGAGGGCGCGGCAGCAGCCGCCGAGUCCGCAGGCCCCGCGGAGCCCGCCGAGGAGGAGGCCCCGCCGCCGCCGCCGCCGCGCUCCGAGAGCCUUAGCCGCGCCCCCGCCCGGCCUCUCCCUGCCAUUCCCUCCAGUAUCUCUCUUGGUAAUAUGAAUCUUGCGGCGACCGCGGAGUCAUCUAGCUCUGACGAGUGCCCGCCGACGCCGCCGGCCAUGGACGGCUCGCCCGCAUCCUCCGCCGACGAUGAAGACGAGGAGCCGACGGUCGUAGCCGCAGAGAGCAGCGCGGAGCCGGCGGAGACGCUGCGGCGGCGGCGCACGCGCGAGCUGGCCGAGCGCGUGUCCGGCAUGAAGCGGCGCGCGCGCGACGCCGAGCGGUGGCACGCCAUCAAGAGGUUUAAAUGCAAUAAGCGGUUCGCGAAAAAGCGCGAAGACUGAGGGCGUAGGUCGAUUAUAAAGGUCGAUAUAUUAACAGCGGACAUCGACAUAUCGUCAUAAGAUAGUCUCGUCACUAUUGUUAGAAAUGACGUCAUCGGCACUGCAGUGAGAGAGACUGUUAACAAUUAGUUAUAAUUGACUUGUAACGAUGGAUGUAACAUAAAUGGACAGGUUGGGGUGACGAGCCGCUGAGUGCGUCCCCAGUACAAACAGUGCUGCGGCGUCGGCAAUCUUCGGCGGCUUUAGGAAAUACUAAUGUGCAAUACCUAACACUGUGCUUUAAUUAGACUAAUACAGCCAGUGCUGUGGCUUUUUGUGAAACUUGGGAAGUGCGGAGAUUGCCGAGGCGCCUUGUCGGACACUGCAGUACUUAAUGAACUUGAGCGUAAUUGCAUUUUGACUUUAAAAUUGAAUCAAUGUUUUAACUUAAUUAUCUUUAACGUUGUAUUUGGAAAAGUCAAAAUGUAAUGGCUCUUAAAAAAUUAUUACUAAAACAUGUAUAAUAAACUCAGUGUGUCGCCACCCUAACACGAAAAACGGAAAGACAUUGUUCGUUUAUCGUAUUUAUUUAAAUAUAUUUUUAUUUUAUUAUUAUUUACUUUUAUUUUUCCUUUUAACUUUUAUCAUACUGUAAUAGAUAUAUGUGUAUGAGGCAUAUUUACCUAUAUAUCUUAAUUGAUAUGUUGUACGUAUGUAAUAACUAAUUGCGUUUAAUGUAAAUAUGUUUUAAAUGGAAUAUGUGAUAUAUGAAACACAAGAUAUGGGAGUAUUAUGACAUUUUGUCGCAUAGCAUCGAGUUGCUUAGUAGUGAUUACCUGCAGUACACUGCCUAUACUUAUUUCGACUUUAAAAAGGAGUUUGCAUACUCGAUGCCUAAUAUAUCAAUGUUUGAUUUGUUUUAGUCCAUUCAUCCUUUUCCAUUUGCUAUACCAUUUUUGAUUUAAUCAGCGCGACAAAUGGCAUACUUCUUCACGAGACCUGAACCAUAAUAUUGGUUGCCCACUCGAUACAAUUAGCGGAUACAGCAGACCGAUUUCAGCGCUUACAGUAAACGACAUGCGGUCGAUAAUUAAAAGCGCCAGGGUCUUAUUUCAUCCGCCCAGGUAUGUGUGAAGGGGCAAAUUUGAUGCAAGGUGUCGUUGACAAAAAUCUGUAACACCGCGCUAAUCAAACUUGGUCGGCGGUCUUGCUCAUCCUAACCUGACUAAUGAACUACUAAAGCAACUGAUGUACCUUCAGAAAAUUUGUGUUUCAUAUACCAUGCAUAACAAUCUCUAACAAUGUACUAACCAGAUCUGGCUCGAAGGAUCAUGACCCAUGACCACUGUACUCAAGUGGCAUUGACUAUGACUAAUAAACGAUUUGACAACGUUCGAUGUCACUGACUACAUGUACUUGAUAUUUUUAACAUUCUGUUAGUUUAUAGUAGUGACGUAAGUAUACGGUAUACGUAGCGGUAUGUAUAUUUUGACUUAGCCCGCAGCGAUCGAUUUUGAAGGCGAUGCAGAUGGCCCCUUCAGAAUGGACGACUGUUAUAAUCUGAUGUUAGUUAAUAGUCGCACUUUACACCAGAUUAAUGUUUUGUGGCGUUAGUGUAAACGAUACUCGCUCUUUUACCCGUCCGGUCCGAACUUAGUCACUUAAGGCGACUCGCCUGAAAUAUGCCACAGGCUAACUACAAACCGGGCAAGUAAAAUAACGAGUAUUCUUAGAAUAUCGAGUUCGUUCGCGAUGAAAAGACGGGCGAGCUUCCGUAAUAAAGAGACGGAUAUAUUUAUAAAAGUGUACGGAAGUGUGUAGGGAUAUAAAAACUAUAAUCUCGUAAAGUUUGAUCUGAACUAAUUGGUGACAUUGUGACGGUUAUAUGGUGGUGUUGUUGGCCAAAUGCGGAUAGACACACGUAUGUAGCCAACAGUGCGUACGGGAUAUGUGUAAACACUUAAAAACGUAAGAAUAUAAAGUUACCCACUAAGUAAUUUUCUAUUAGUGCGCGUACAAGCACCCAUAUUGUAUACAUUUCGAUGUUAUUUACAUCUCUUUGUGUAUUUCAUUGGAAUAAACGUUGAGUUUACGAUCAACACCUCA